CUCCGCGGCGGCAGGAGGCGCUGUGGGGCGACGAAGUGGCGCGGCGAUGUGGCGCGCACGGGCGGCGGUGGCGCCGCGGUGGUGCCGCGCGCUGCGCAGCUGCGCUGGUCUGUGCGGAGAGCGGACCCUGCUGAGCAAGAUGCUCCGCAAGAAGAGGAAGAAGUUUUGGUAUGACAGCCCUACCCUGGGAUCUAAAACGAUGUAUAAACCAACCAAGUUGGCCUCUAUAAUUAAAGUUGACCAGACAAAAACUAGGAAAGAAGAUAACAUACGCUGCAGAGUCUUGAAUCGUCUUAUUCACAAAGCUGUGGUAGAUAUGAUGACUACCUGUGAAGUUAAUCAAGAACUUUAUGAUCUCAAGUUGGAAAUCUGCAAGGUGUCACUGGCAUCAAACUUUUCAGCUUGUCGUGUGUACUGGAAUCCAGCUUCUACUAUGGAGAAAGAGAAUUAUGUGGAAAAUGUACUGAAGAAGAGUGCUCCACGUAUACGGUAUCUUCUGACGAGUCAACAGAUUCUAGGCAAUGUACCCCCAAUAGUAUUUGUAAAAGACAGAGAAGCUGCAGCUGUAAAGGAGAUUGAGGAAUUAUUGUCAGUCGCUGAUUUUGGACCUCCAGAAGAAGAAGAAACAUCUCAAAAUGCUUCUAGUGAACUGUUCUCUUCAGCAACUCAAUCUUCAGAUUCACCUGUGCAGUCUAAUCUUUUCGGUAUUGAUCAUGAACUGAUGAAUAAGCAGAUAAGGGACUAUAAAAGAUUGAAGGUGUCAAGAGAUACAGAAACUGUUGCCUGGACAGAAGAGCAAGAGAAGCAGCUUUCUGAGAUUCAAAAGAAAAUGAAAAAGAAAAAAACAAGGAAUCCUCCUGAUGAUGACAUUACACCACAGAAAUACUUGCUGGACAGAUAUGAAUCUGAUUACUGGGAUGAUAACACUCAAUCAGUCUCAGACUAUGAGCUGGAGGAUGAAUUACAGGAAGAAGUAAAUGAAUUGGAGACAGAUGAUGGCAAAACUCUAAGUCAGCCUACUGAUAAACAGAAAUGAAGUGAAAAAGCGAAAAAGCCACUCCCUUUAAAAUGUAAGCUGCCAACAGCAAAAAAAAACCCUGCCAUAGAUACUGAAAAAUUAGCUUUGUAGAGCCUGUUUACCACUUCCUCUUCCAAACGAAUAGGUUUGCCACACGUGGGAAAGUUUGCUAGCAUAAGGUUUGUAUGCUAUUUGGAACAUACGGUUAAGCAGCUUUUAGGCUGCUGCAAUUGUAUGACUUUCAGUCAGAGAACAGUUUUGUAAUUACAAAAUAUACAUAGUGCAUCACUGAGUUAAAGUUCUUGCAGUUCUGUUGAUUAUCUCAAAUAAAAUUAUGGUUUCUGUAUUGAAAUAAAA